UAUUUUUGCUAUGCUUCUAAGUAAAAGCAAAGGUGUUUUUAUGUUUAAAUUACUAACAUCUUAUUUCUUCCAUUUAACUGUUGCAAGAUAUUUUGGUUUCUCUAUCUGCUACUGCACAACUUCCUAUCUGAAAUAGCUCAUCAUUCAUAAACUGAUUUUUUCAUUGCCCCAGUACUUUUGUGAUCUCCAGUGUAGUGAUUGUUGAGGUUUGCAGAGAAGUUCCGAUCGUGGUUGCAGCAGUGCAAGCUGGGCAUAGUGUUAAGUUUCAAGUUGCUCUGUGCUGCAAAGAAAGGCUGUGCUUGUGCCUAUGAACCAGCACAAUUCCAUCCAGUUCACUGGGAUAAAGCUUGAAGGCACAGGAGCAGGUAUGAGCAGAUGUCUUGUCUUAACACAGAGAACAGAGCACCAGCUUCUGAAAUUAAGGGAAUUCUGCCUGUAUUUUCAUAGAGGAAAAAUGAAAUGCAUAUGGAAAGAAUUAGUUUAUAUGAGGUAUUAAAUGGGAAUGUAGUACAGCUUUCUGUGCUCAGAAACUCAUCCUAAUAAUAUUCAGUUAGACUUCACUAAGAUUGUUCAUUAUUUGCAGAAAAUAUACUGCUCUGUGGAAUGAUCAGCAGAGAGGAGACUAGAAUCACAGGUGCUCUUCAUUUCCUUAAAUUUGCUUUUCCGCCUGCUAUUAAAGAUUGGCAAUACUGUACCUGUGCUAUAUAUUUAUUCAGGAAAAUUAGUUCACUUUGUGAAGAACAGCAAAAGAAGACAGAGUUUAAUUUUAUGGAAGCAGUAGUCAAUCUGCAUGAAGGAGCUUUCAUCAUUGGAGCUUCUGUUACACACUGCAAUCUGAAAUGGUGUGUUCUUUUAAAACUUCUUCAAGCACUAAAUCUAUUUUCAGAGUAUCACAGUUGCAGCUCUUCUGUUGGAAGUGUUUUGAACUCCAGUUUAGUUGGCAGUGUGCUCACUAUCCUUUUUCCUUUUGUGGUACAUCUAGAUAUUUUUAAAAAAUAUGGAAGGACAGAUUGGCCUCCUGACAGGGUUUUGAUGGAAAAUUUCCUUAAGUUUAUUUGGCUUUACAUUUUUAGUCUGAAGACUUUGCCAUAGGCAACCAGUGUACAAGGUAGCUGUAAUGGCAGCUCUGCAUUUAGCUGUCAGCACCACGGUGUGAUCUGCAAACCUUCAGCUUGCCUUAGAAGGGGAGAAAAUACUUCUUUACUGUAGGUCUUAAAAGGAGGUGUUGUAUUUGUGAGAACCACAAAGUAAUGGAGAGUUGUCAGUGAUUUUUGUCAGAAAGUACCAUUAAGGUUACAGUGGCAAGAAGAAAGCAGAUGUCAGAAGUGUCAGAAGCUGCAGAUUUGGGCUGUCAGUCACCAUUCCUAAGAGUCCCAGCCUGUGAUCAUUCAGAUCAUUUGGGAGAACCACUCUUGAGGUCCAUACUGAAACUCUCAUUCUGGCUCCUUAAAUGUUCUGAAGCUUGCACUGCUCCCUCAAGGGGAGUCACCUGAAGAGGGUUCUUGUGCCAUGGAGACCCCUGGUCCUGGCCGGCCUGCAUUGCAGGGCCUCCUCCCUGGCGUGCCCUCGCUGAGCACGGUACUGCCGUGGUGCUGCCAGGACCACAGCACUGCAAGGCUGUGUAUCAAAAGGGGAAGAGGAGGUGAAAGGUGGUCUGCUGAUUUGAGAGGCAAAAAUGGGCAGGCUUUUCUGGAGGUGUUGAACAAACACAGCAUUGCGAGACAGGUUAGGCAGGAGAAGGUGGGAUCUUUAUGGGCAAUAGUGGGAGUCUGUAAAAGGAAAGAACUGGGAGGAAAGAUGUACAGUGACAGUGAUGUCUAAUUAAUAGAGGUCAGAUUUUGUCUUGCUGGAGAACCGGAUAUCCAAAUGCAAAUAGAACAGAAUCUGGACUUUCAGCAGCAGUGUGAAUGCUAAUUUUCUUUAGUGCUUUGGGAGUUUGACUGUAUUUAAUUGCAGUUCUGAGGAAGAUUAUUUUAUCUUUCACCUCUCAUAGGAGAGGAAAAGGCAGGUUGGUAAUGCUAGUUUAAAAAUAGCCUGAGGAGUCUGACAUACUCAGCUGUGUAUACAAAGCUCACCAAAUUAUAAAAAGAAAUAUAAUACUUAGUAACGGUGUUCUUCUCAAUUUCACCAACAUUUUUACUUCCUACCUCCUAAAAUGUUGAGAUAUUUUCAAGUACCUGUAUGGUGAGUUCAUGUGGUUUACUGUCUGACAUACGAGACCAGGUUAUUCUUGGGCCAUGUUUUUGAGAUAUCCCCUGGAACCAUAUGGAUAAGAACUAUGUAUUUACAUGAAAGAUGAGAAUAUAGUGUGGUUUUUUGACUUCAGGAGUUGGAACUUUAAGAAAGACUUGUACUUUUGCUUGCUUAGUCAAAGCAGGUUAUUUGAUGGGUUGGACCGUUAUAAAUCAAAAUUUCCUUUCUUCAGCUGCAAUACACAAAUGAAAGAGAGACAACAUCUAUAUCCUACUCCAGGACUGUUCUAAAGGAAGGAGGUCCAUUUCAGGAAGCAGUUGUGACACUCUAGAGAGCAAACGGGCACCUGGGUUCCCCUGGGCUGUUGCCCUGGGGCCAGGGAUGAGAGGCAGCAGGUUCUGACUGAUAAGGCAGGAUCAGGCUGUUCGGCUUGCGGGACUGUGGGACUGUGCUGGUGUAGGGCUGAUUGUAAAACUGUAGUUUGCUUCCUGUUUGGAUUUUAAGUUGUGAUCUAUGUAUUAUAAACUUGUUAAUAAAAGGAGGUGCUGUACCUUUAAGUAGCACAUGCCGUCUAACCAUCAACAGGCAUCUCUUGCAGCAGCUUUAGCCUGUUUCUCCAAUCAUGCCUGCCUAAGUCAAUAACGCUUUGCCAAAGCUCCUCGUGCAUUAAAGGUUACCGUUUAGCUUGUUCCAUGAAUCACAGCAGAUGCAUAACUUGGCAGUGACCAUUUCUGUCCCUCCCCUUCUUCGCUUCCUACUGACUGCAGCCCCCCAGCUCAGUGCUUGCCGAGCCCCCUCCCCCAGCAGGGAGAAGUCAUUACAUGAAGAGAUCAACUUACCAGUUGUCUUCAGAGCAGUGGCUGAGAGCAAAGCUCCUGGUCGGACCGUGAGUGCGAGAGAAAGGGGGAGAGGGAGACAGACUCGUACCUCCAAGAGCUCAGGGCUGUGAUCCUGAGACACAAGUGCAUCUGCUAGCUGUUAGUACUUGGCAGAGGGUUUGCUCCUCCAGGGUAGCUCUAACUUUGGGUAAUAAUGUUUGUCAGCUACCUGAUACUAAUGUUGCUCUGCUUUCAAACAGCAAUGUUAGCAAGACCUGGGGGUGAGAGCAUUGGCUGUGACGACUAUCUGGGUUCUGACAAGGUGAUUGACAAGUGUGGAAUAUGUGGAGGGGACAACACUGCUUGCAAAGUUGUGUCUGGAGUUUUCAAACACACGCUAACAAAUCUUGGCUACCACAAGAUAGUGGAAAUUCCUGAAGGAGCUACUAAAAUCAACAUUACUGAGAUGUCAAAGAGCAACAACUAUUUGGCCCUGCGGAGCCGCUCGGGACGCUCCAUCAUCAACGGCAACUGGGCCAUCGAUCGGCCGGGCAGGUACGAAGGCGGUGGCACAAUGUUCACUUACAGACGCCCCAAUGAGAUCUCCAGCACCGCAGGGGAGUCCUUUCUGGCUGAUGGGCCAACGAAUGAAGUCCUUGAUGUCUAUAUGAUUCAUCAGCAGCCUAACCCUGGUAUACAUUAUGAAUAUAUCAUUCCAGGAGACAAUGUCAUUAGUCCUCAGUUGCUUGCUCACAGGAGGCCAGGGGAGCCACUGAAUGGUCAGUUAGGAAUGCCAGAAAGUACAAGUCAUGAGGAUGAGGAUUUGCAUAGAGAGACAGACAUUCUCACUGGACAGUCAGCUGGAACUUUUCCAGUUAUUCAGCCAGGAAGAUUUCCUUCUCAUCAGCCAGAAAACCAGGUGCCUGCUAUGCAACCACCAAGACAAAACCGAGAACAUAACUGGAAACAGGUUGGAAAAACUGAGUGCACUACUACAUGUGGGAAAGGAUCACAGUACCCAAUUUUCCACUGCGUCAACAGAAUCACUCACGAGGAGGUACCCGAGGGUUACUGUGACAGCAGCACCAAACCCAUUCCAGAAGAGGAGGCCUGCAACCUCUUCCCAUGCCCUGCUUUCUGGGAUAUAGGAGAGUGGUCCGAGUGCAGCAAAACCUGCGGGCUGGGAAUGCAGCACCGGCAGAUCCUGUGCCGGCAGAUCUACGCCAACCGCACGCUGACGGUGCAGCAGUACCGCUGCCAGCACCUGGAGAAGCCUGACACCACCAGCACCUGCCAGCUCAAGAUCUGCAGUGAGUGGCAGAUCAGGACAGAGUGGACCUCAUGUUCAGUGCCUUGUGGAGUGGGGCAGAGGACCCGAGAUGUGAAGUGUGUCAGCAACCUUGGGGACAUUGUUGAUGAUGAGGAAUGUAACAUGAAGCUGCGGCCAAAUGACAUCGAGAACUGCGACAUGGGCCCCUGUGCCAAGAGCUGGUUCCUUACAGAAUGGAGUGACAGGUGCUCGGCAGAGUGCGGGGACGGGAUCCGCACGCGCUCCGUGGUUUGCAUGACCAACCAUGUCAGCAGCUUGCCUCUGGAAGGCUGUGGCAACAACAGACCCUCGGAAACAACGCCCUGUAACAAUGGGCCCUGCGCUGGGAAAGUGGAGUGGUUUGCUGGGGGCUGGACACAGUGCUCUACUGAAUGUGGUAGUGGAACUCAGCAGAGAGAAGUAAUUUGUGUUAGGAAAACUGAAGGUAAUUUUGAUGUUUUGAACCCCUAUGAAUGUUCAUAUUUGGAAAAACCUCCCAGCCAGCAGUCCUGCUACCUCAAGCCGUGUGGAUCUAAGUGGUUUCAUACGGAAUGGAGCACAUGUUCCAAGUCCUGUGAAGGAGGAUUUCGGGUUCGGGAGGUGCGGUGUCUGUCGGAUGACAUGGCAGCCAGUUCUCAGUGUGAUCCACAGCUCAAACCUGAAGAGAAGGAACCGUGUAAUACACAGGAUUGUGUCCCUGAAAUAGAUGAGAACUGCAAGGAUAAAUACUACAACUGCAAUGUGGUGGUUCAGGCCCGGCUCUGUGUGUACACCUAUUACAAAACUGCCUGCUGUGCCUCCUGCAGCCGCGUGGCAAACAGACAGCCGGGCUUCCUGGGCCGCAGAUAACACAUCCUGCUCUGCUCGCAGCAGCAGGGGCACUCUUCACACGGAGCCUGGGCAGCGCUGCUUUGACUGCAGCACUUGUAGCUUCUUAGAGAUGGGGUUUAUAUUGCUGAGCGCAUCAAGACUUCGGUUAAAUCUCACACCCUUUCAGUUAUAGUGCAGUUAUCUCUUUUAGGAUGUUUGUUGUAAAAUCAUGAUUUUUUUUAAAGCAUUCGUUUUUAAUGAUACUAUUAUUUGCACCUGCUCAUCAGAUACUUCUUUAAGGAACACACUGGCCUUAAGAUUGUGAAAUUAAUGAAAACUAAAAUCAAUUGCAGGCAAUUACUGGAGAUAAUUGACCAGUAUGGAUGCAGCUGCUCCAUUAUUUUCUGAGUGCUUACUUGGUUUUUUGGACUGCCUUAAGUUAGAGGACUAAAUCAAUGAAACAUGCAUGAGAAAAAUUACUUCCCAAAGAAGCAGACCCUUGAAAAGCAUUUAUCAUCAGUUUCCUAGCACUCUAACAUUUAUUUUUAACUACUUCAGUCCAUUCAUCAUAAAUCAGAGUCACUGUUAAGGUCUUUCAGUUGUCCUUUUAAGUGAUGUCCUGUCCUUAGGCAGCAAAUAUAUACACACUUGACUGCCAGAAGGUGCCUUUAUAUUUAAUUCAUAAACUCGUGAAGAUACACUUUUAUAAUUUUGUAUGGGUUUUAAAAUACGUUCCCUACCAGAGUGACACUAGUGUCUAACUCUUCAAGUCUUUAACAGCGGGACAGGUUCACCAGAAAGGUGAAGAGCCUUUGCUGGUAUAAAAAGUGAUUGUUUCCAUUGGUGAGGUCUCUUUUCUGUAGGGGGCUUAUUUCAGAACUGGGAUCUUGCCUAAUUCUUGUCUCUGCACUAUUGUUUAGCAACUGCCAAACCAAAGUACUUUGUUCAGACCUAGUCUGGAUAUGUCACCAGUUUCUGAAACAGCCACCAAAGGAGAGAGGCCUGUGUGCCUUAAAGCAGUCUGUUACUCCUGGUAUCAGGCAGCAGUAUGAGUCCAGUGGCUGAGUAUCUGUACAAAGGGGAUCUUAGCUAUUGGCAUUCUUCAGGUUUUGAUCAGUUAUUACAACAUACUUGUCUUCUUUUGCUCAGUGUUUCAUUGUGCAGAUCUAUUCAUACCACUCAUUUCCUAUUACUUAAGAAUGGCUGCAGACUUAGAGCUGAUUUUAAGUGGUGAUUUUUCAUUUCUGCAAUUACUGUACUAAGCCUUAAGACUUGGUAAAGGCAAAUAGUAUACUAUGCAGUGCAGAUGAGUUUUGCAUUAUCUGCGUGUUCUCUAGCCUUUAUUUGAGAGGUCUUUCAAAUGUGUAAAUAAGGCUGAGGGGAAAAAAUAAACACCUCUGCUUAUUCAGCUGUUUAUUACAGCAUAUUGCUUGUAAAUUAGGGAUGCCCAUCUAUGCAUCUGUUCCUAAAGUGCCUGAUGUCCAAGUUGCAGCUGUAAUGAUCUAUCAAUCAAUCCCAGAGGUGUGGUUAAGGUAUCCUGCCCCUGAUGCAGAGCCAUGUUUGAGCCUCAUUGUGUAUCCUUUUCUUCUUGCUGCGUUGGUGGAGAGGAACGCUGGGAGGUGAAGGUUGCUGGGUGUGAAACCAGUCACAUCAGUUUAUGUGCUGGGAGCCACAGGCAGGUGGAAUUCCUAUAAUCUAAAAGCUGCCUUGCAUUGAGAUUAACUUCUGAAUGUUUUGAUUUGGUCACUCUUGAAAAAUAUAUUUUGGAUGAACUACUACUGUUUGGCUACAUGAAAUGAAGAAGUGUUUCCCCUAAAAUUUGGAGGCACUAUUUGUGACUAUAAAUUGUUGUAUGUCGGCCAAAAAUGUCAUUGGCUGUUUCUGUACACUUUGACUUGGGCUUUUUCACUGUAAAUAAUAGACAUAAAGUUGAUAGAAACAGAAAGUCAAAUUAGGAAACUUCAAGUUCAUGCAUCUUUCACAGUCCUCCUGUUUCCUUGUAUUAGAAAAAUUUAUCCAUGAAGAUAACUUACAGAUUUGUUAUCACACUAUGUUCCUUAGAUUCUUGACCAAAGAAUGAUAUGGAUAAAGUGCAGUGUAAACAGCUCUGGCAUCCAGUACUUCUGAUUAGAGAUUUUCAUCUGUGUAUCUCAUUGCAGCAAAUCUUGACUUACAUUAUAUAAUUUUUGCUGUUACCUCUUUCAUCCCAAGGAAGUGUUUUCUGUCCGCUUGAGGGAAAUACCUGUUCCAUAAAAAGGCUUCCUGGAAACCCCAAGGCAAAUGAGAUGCAGAGGGAAUCUGAUUUGCAGUCAUAGGACAAAUUCUUCUUACAUGUGCUUUGGCUGUGAGACCAUCAGUGACUCAGCACAUAGAUAGAUCCCCCUAUUUUAUAAAACCUGUUCUUUUGCUCUGGAAUAUAUGGCCAUUAGCUUAUUUUACAAAGAUGAUAAUCUUGUAGGCUCUGUUAAGCUGCCACUAAUGUAAACAGUGUUUGUGAUAGCUGUCAAGGAAUAUAUACAUACAUAUAGCAGUAUAACCCUGUGUUACAUCUAAUUGUGCAGCUUUGUGAAUUGAAUGUCGUGAGCUAUGGUUACACAAAUUGUAGUUUAAGUAAAGAGACAUUUUUCAGAUGUACCCAAUUAAAAAAAAAAAAACAACUGUUUUACCUAAUUAAAUAUGUAAUGGUAAGUAAAUAUUAAUUGGAAGAAAAGUACAGAAUCCUGCUGAACAUAAUAAUUUAUCAUCUCUUCUCAUGUGUCAGCAUUAUUAAAAUAGUUGUUCCUGCAAAAUGAACUAAUGAGCCCUUUUCAUCAGCACUUUGAUACACUAACAUUGUCUGCACAAGUGCUGUGCUAAGAUUUCACCAUCUCACAAAGCAUGAUUUUGAAAUUGUGCCUGUAGCAAGUGUUUGUUCUAAUAGAGCAGUGCCCCAACUUAGGAUGAUGCCUGCAGGGGAUUUGACUUUAUUUUCUGUAAGUCAAAGGUGGCCUUAAUGAAUGUAGCAGACAUAGAGCAGAUGUGAAACCCGUAUAAGUAAGAAAUUAUGUGUAUUGUAAAUUGCAAAUAUCAAUUAUGCACACUUCUGAUUUUUAAUGUUUUAAUUUCUUUUUCUGACAAUCUAACAUCAGUCAAAAAAAUGCAGAAUGGUGGGAAAAAAUGCUUCCUUGCCUUGAAGAUGCCUUAUGCAAUCCAGGAAGACCAGAUUAAGUUAAAUACUUCAUUGAAUGAGUCCAGCUGCUUAUGGGGGAAGAUCUGCAUACAACUUCCAUGUCUUACACACAUGCAGCUGGCCAAAAUCAGCUUCAUCCAGAGCAGGCCCUGUGUCUCAAAGCACUUUCCAUUUGGAAUGGAGGAUUCCUGGUGCAGUUGUUUAUCAACUUACCAAGGGCUUGUCAGGGUUUGCUAGCUCCUGUGCGAUGUAAUCUUCAAGCAUAUGUAGGUAGAAUUCUUGUGUACGCCAAAUUUGAGAGACUGAAUUCAUGGAGUCCUCCCUUCCUCUCCCAGAAGAUGGGGUGAAAGUGUGAGGGUUGCUCCUGUGGGAAUGACCCUGUGGAUGUGUCUGCCUUGGCCAGCAGUGAGACAGUGUUUGCUUUGGUGUCUGUGACCUUCAGCCCCCAGGGCUCUGAGCAGGGAAGGGCUGGUUAGGAGCAGAGCAGUGCUGGGGAGUGCACCUGGGUGUGCUGCACCCUGCCAGCCUUGAAGCCCACCCCUCCUGGAUGGCCACAGGCUCACUGCAGGACCACCUCAGGAUCCCUGCACAGGGAACUGCUGUCUCCCUCAUUACACACAUGAAUGUCCUGCUUUUUCCCAAUACUUCAGCAAAUGGAGAACUUUGUGUAUGAAUAAAGCAGUGUUUAGUGUUAUUGCUUAGAUCCCAGUGUUGUGGCAAUGUGGUGCAGUCUGCUGUCAGUCAUAGAGUCUGUAGUCCUGGACAGUGCCAGGGUCAUCACUUAGGGAGGAAGGAGGGAGGUGCUCAAACAGCUUAUGGCUCAUGUAGGGCUCGUACAGGAGGCUUGGCCUCCUCUCUUUAUAACAAGUAAGACUGUAAGUAGUAAAAUGUGCCUUUUGGGGCUUUGUUUUUCCCCAUCCUCACCCUGACCGAUCUCUCUUUUACACCAACACCAAUGCUUCUCCUCUCCUUCUUAUCUUACUUUCACCCCUUUGUCCUUUGGAUGACAAUAUUACAUUUUGCCAGAAUUACUGAAAAUCCUGAACUGGCCUUUGGUUCAUAAGAAUCUGUGUUAGAAAUGAGCCCAGCUGUUAAGAGAGCUGUAUUUUUGCCAGCCCCUGGAUUUUUGUGCAUGUGCAUACCCCUGUUGGCCAGUUGAAAAUGCGUGGUUGUAGAGGUCAUACUGAAUUAAUUCCUGUGCAGUGAACCUGUGGUUGCACAGCUGUUGAAUUCCAUGGUGGCCCUUUAUUCUCAUAUGUAACAUCUCUUGCACAGAAAUAGUUAUGAUCCUCACCAAGGAAAAACCCUGUGUUUACCUGGUUUUCUUGAGACUUAGUGUCUCUGACUUCUUAGGAGCUGUUCUGUGUAUUGGGCAGAUAAUUCAUGUGCAUGCCUGGAAUUGGAAAAAAAACAUGAAAUUUUGAACAUAAAAGUAAACUUUAUUUAUUUCUAAACUUACAGAAUGUUUGUGGGAGAUUAAAUUAGGCGUUGUUUAGAAAACAGAGUAAAAAAAUUACUUCUACAUCAGAAAUGAAAAAUCAUCCACUCGACAUUUUCAAUAUAUUUUAAAGCAAACUUGUCAUCAUUAUGAUGUUUCACUGUGGGCAAAAAUACAGACUGGGGGACAGGGAGAAAAAUCAAUUUAAGAGAAUUUAUAGCAGACCUGAAUUUGGUUCUUUGCUUCUCACCUUUUAACAACCAGAAGUUCAGAGGAGCAAGAGUCCCCAGUUUUCUAUAUCCCCGUGUACUGUAAUUGGAUACAGAUAAGUACCAUCAUACCUGGAGAGGAUGGGAGCUUAAUUCUGAUGGAUCAUUGACCUUUCAGCACAGCAUUGCUGCUGACCUGUUUUUCCACACUGUGUUUGGGUCUCAUGAGACCAGUGGCCUUGGCAGGGUUGGGUACAUACGAGCUUGUGAAGUCCCAUCGUAGUCACUCAGGAUCUACAGAGAGGAUCAGGAAGGACGGGAGACAAAAGAAACCCUAACUUUUUUUUUUAAUAUGUAUAAAAUUGUCUAUUUGACCCUCCUAAUUGAUUUUGGCAGAAGGAUAUACUUUAUUAUAACUUAUUUUGUUGUUAUUUGUAAAUACAAGAUGUCUAUGGGAAAUAUGUAAUUCUGAGCUGUGUCUAUGGAACAAGCCACUGCACCAAAAUAUUUCAAAUAUUUAGAAUAGGCAGAUUUUUUUAUUAAAAGGGACCUAAUAUGUAUUUAUUUACAUAUACCAUUCAAAUUUUGUCCAGCUUUUUCAUUAUACUAACCCAUCUUUUUAGGGAAUUUUAUAGCACAGGUAUCACAUAUAUAUUUUUGUAUAUAUGUCAUACUGUAAAUCCAUAAUACAAUUUUCUAAACUUUCUGAUUAGCCAGUUCCUUGAGUGAAUUAAAGUGGGAGAGCAUAAGCAAAUUGCUUUCUGACUCGUUCAGGAAUAUAUAUCCGUGGCAAUGUACCUGAACCAGAACUGUACAGCAUCAUUUUCAUAUUGUAUACAUUUUCUCUUUGAUGAAAAAAUGUUAACUAUUUUUGUUUAUGACUAAUUUAUUUUUUAUUAUUGUGGAAAAUAAAGUAACUCGAGAUGAA